GAGAAAGAGAGAUAGCGGAGAGACAGUGACACAGCAGGAGGGGGGUGGCCAGUGACUGAUGUGACCCGGUGUGGCUGGCUCAGGGUUGGGAUGUGUUGCUGAUCUACCACCUCAGUUCUCCACCGCUUCGUCAUGGAAAUGAAUUUGGCGCGCAUCCACGACAAGCACAAGCUGAGAAAGUUCUGGGAGGAGAAGAUUGAGAGCCACAGCCAAAUGAUGGGACACGAGGAAGUGAGGAAGAAGAGGAGCGCUCUAUCAAAGUUGCGAGAUGAGUGGGUGGAGCGGCUGAAGGUUCGUAACCAGCACCUGGAGCUCCUGGACGAGGAGAGGGUGAAGAAGGCCCAGAGCAUCCAUCGCAGCCUGGCCAUCUCGGUUCCGUAGCAUCUUACUGCAGAUGGGAUGGGGUCGCCGCCGGCGGACCUCUUCACCAUUUGCUGAAAACACUCAACUACAUCAUACCAACAUUGCUAUGACAGUACCGGGAGCCUUAAGUAACAGAUGAAGACAUUACAAGCCAUUACAAUUUUGGUGACCGUAAGGUUAUAACAUAGGCUCUGCGCCAAGGGGUUAAGCAGCUCAUCCCUGUGAUGGAUAACAUAGACAUAAUCCACUACAUACAUAUCCAGGCUAAUAUCUAUAUGUUGGACAAUGUCAUGCCACUGUGGGUUGGCCAUCUAGGGUGGACAAUAUCUGGAGUUUAAGGAAGUGAAAAGCCGUGCUACAUAUUUAUUGACUGAAAUGAACCUGUAUUAGCCUGGCUCUCACACAGACCCUUCGUGCUUCGUGCAUCUUUGUUAAUCUUCGUGAGCUCGCACUUGGGUCUGGAAAUCUUAGACGAGCCCAAAGGAAUCAGAUAUUUCACAGCCUGUCCAAUAAGAAUCACGGGGCGGGAUCGUGGGGCGGUGUAUAUACAAGUCAGUGGUUGAAGUAGUACUGGGCUGUUUUGAACACACCCACACCUUUCCAGAGAUAAGCGAUUGACAAUAUUCCAGAACAACCAUCACGUGAGAAGCAGCUUAAACCUGUAUGCCUAUCAUAGCUCAACGCUAGCGAGGUCUUCACUAUACACUUGUACUUACUUAAUUCAUACAGAGGCUUUGGAAUGUCCGAAUUGAGAAACCACGGCUGGUGGGAGCGCACUCUGUUGACGUUUGAAAUGUUUAUCUGAUUUACUUACGUUUGAACGUGCACGUGCAAUCUUCUCAUAAUCUGAUGUGUAUUUAUGUACGUAAAGAGGCAUAGCCAUAGUCUGUACUGGUCAUUACUGCAAGUGUCAGAUGGAAUCGUGGUCUGUUUAUGAAAAAAUAACAUGGUGGUGGUCAGCGUUUGAAAGGCCUUCAGGCAAAGAUUGAGAUCAGUGUAUGAAGAUGAUGACAUUCAUGAUAACAUCAUGAUGAUAAUAUUCAUGAAUGUCAUAUGGUUAUAUUCAGUGUGUAAAUUGAUGAAAAAGGAUGUCUCUUGGCUUGGAAAGUGCAUAGUAAACUAAGAGAUCCAACAGUAUUUUAUCUAUAACAUCGUCAUAAAGUAACUAUUUGUUACCGCCUUGCUGUCUAAAGACGA